AUGUCCGACGAGCAAAUAGCCAGAUCGUCGCCAGUUUUCAACAAGGACGAUGCAGACUUUCGUCUAAGAUCAUCAGACAAUGUUCAUUUCGCUGUCCAUCGCGUCUUCUUAUGCGCUGCCUCUGAUGUGUUCAAGGCCAUGAUUACCAUUCCUCAGCCAUCAUUAACACCUAUAACGGAAGUUCCUUGUGUUGAUUUGGCAGAAAAUGGCAUUACUAUCGAACUCUUGCUGCAGUUCAUCUAUCCGAUGAAGUCACCAUCAUACAUGAGCUUCAAUCAAUACAUGGAGGUUCUUGAAGCAGCAUCAAAGUAUGCCGUUGAAGGCACUAUUGACGCUCUGCGGGUCCUGCUUCUCGCUCCACGAAUAGACACAGAACAUAAAUCACUCCAGGUCCGAUCUUCUCUUGCCGAGAGUGACCCACUACGAGGAUAUGCUGUGGCGACCUCGAUGGGUUGGAGUGCAGAAGCUAUCCAUUGCUCAAAGCUGACUCUUCGCGAAAGUCUCAGCUCGGUCGUCUCCACCCCUCAAGUUGAUGAAAUGCCAACGAAACAUUACAUUCAUCUAACGACGUUACACGAAUCCAGAAGAGCAUUCUUUAGACGAUUAUUCGAAGAAUUCGACGACGAACCGGCCGAAUAUCGCGUCAAAAAAUGCAAGGAGUGCGGAGAGGAUCCGUUAAAGACCUGGUGGAAUGAGUAUAUUGCGAGAGCAAGAACUAGCGUCAACGCAAGACCACUAGGUGACAGAGUCUUUGACUUGAGUGUCAUGUUUCCACCGGACGAGAGUUCGGACGACAUAAGAUGCCCUGCAUGCCCCUCCUUAGCUAUCCCUAUCGAAACUCUAUACGCACUGAGCAGGCUACAAAACAAGCUCAAUAAGAAGAGGGAUAGUCGCCUUGCAGAACUCGCGACGGUGACCGUGCAAAGAAACAAGGCGCAAGGGUAUCAAACUCUUCUCGAGGAAAACUUAAAAAACAAGGAGAAUGUGAUCAAGAUUGUGAAGAAUGUCGUUACCCAAGAUCAUGUCGGGCUUGUCAUUGGUCGUCAGAUCAUCUCAGACCUCGUAAAGGCGCUAGAAACGAAGCAGAUCUCGGAUGAUGAUGCGCGACGGGAUAUUAUCCAGCAGACGCUUGAGAUUCUCCAACCCAAGGUUGUUAGCUUUGACGAGCAGGCAACGGCUUUGAGACUGCAGAUGGCAGACUUUCUCGAGGCUGAUGAGGACUGGACAGGCGCCGCUCGUGUCUUGAUGGGCAUCCAGCCUGAUUCGAGCUCAAAGACGUGGUCAGACGAGGAGAAACUUAGGCUGUAUAUCCGCAUUAUUCGUCUUCUCUUGGAGGAGGAGGAUUGGGUCCAAGCAGACGCAUAUUACAAACGAGCAACACUCUUCAUCAACUCUACACAAGAUAGAGAGCUGCAGUUGACGUUUAAGCUUUGCCAAGCGCGUAUGAGUGACUUUGGUCGCAAAUUCCUGGAGGCGGCAAUGAGAUACCACGAAUUGAGCUGUGCGACAGGUGAAUUGGAUGAAGAAGAGUGUAAUAACGCCCUUUCUGCCGCAAUCACUUGCGCCGUCCUCGCGCCGGCUGGCCCCAACCGCUCUCGAAUGCUCGCGACACUCUACCGUGAUGAACGAGCCGCCUCACUCGACAAUUACAACAUGCUGACUAAAAUGUUCCUCGACCACAUUAUUCGGCCUGCCGAAGUACAAAAAUUCGAAAAGACGCUGCGACCGCACCAGCUCGCCAAGAUUGCACAAUCUGCAAACGACAGGAUGGCAUCCCGUAUGACGGAAGAAGAUACGGAUACCACCAUGGCCGACGCGGGCGUCGCGGUCUCUACACGAACGGGACCGCAGACGGUGCUCGACAGAGCUGUGAUGGAGCAUAAUAUCCUUUCUUGCUCGAAUAUCUAUAACAACAUUACGUUCUCCGGACUUGGAGCGCUUUUGGACGUUACGCCUGGUGCAGCUGAGACAAUGGCCAGAAGGAUGAUUGAACAAGGCCGACUAAGGGGUCAUAUUGAUCAAGUCGAGAAGCUUAUUUGGUUCGAGGGACCAGAGGAAGAUGAUGCUCAGGGUAAAGCUGGUGGAUUGGGAGACGUCGACCAGAACACGGAAGAGACGGGUGCACCUUAUACGAAGAAGUGGGAUCAUCAGAUCAGGAACACAGCAGCUAGUGUCGAAGACAUCGUUCAGAAGCUGGUCGAGAAGGGCUUGGUCCAGCCGUCUAUCAUCAUGGCGUAG